GCCGGUUACGUAAGAUUCAAAAUAGCUCCUGGUACCGAGGUGGGUACGAAAUACCUACAGGCAUCCCGCUUCCGUACAGUAUUCAAUUUCAGCUUCAUCGCCAGCGCCGUGGAAACUAGAUUGUGCUCCGGGUAUUCUGAAAUAUACACGGCCCAGUAAAUAUGUUUAUUAUAUCUUGAAUGUACAAAUCUCUUAGCAAGCAACGAUACCCACCAGCUCGUCCAUUCUCAGAUCUUAUCGUCAAUAUCGUCGAUCCAAAGCCUAGCUAGGUAUCUGCCUAGGUAGAGGAGAGAAGUCGAAAUGGUAGCAUUGCCGUUGUUCAAGCUAGCCUCCCUAUUCCUAAGACAUGUCUCAAAAUAUGGCGCCAAUCGAAUCAAAGUACAAGCUCAUGAUCAUCCACGCUUCCGCGUCUUUGCUGCCAAGUAUGGUCAAUCGAUACAUCAAUUGAACAUGCGCUUAUCGGUGGCGCUCCUCCGAGACGUCGAGGCGGAAAUAAGAGCCAAGGAGAAGGCAGAAGCACCUACGGUGAAAACAAAAGAGCAAGUAGAGAAGGAGGAGGGAAUCCGUGCCAAGCACGGUACAACCAACCAGGAAUCUCGUGCCAAAAAGACAUUGCCUAUGCUAAGUGUCUGGAGAAGGAAGUUCAGGCCUCUUCCAGAAGCUAAGGCGGUUGAUCUAUUUGCAGAUGUGGUCGGCGAUGCCUUCAUUCUCCUGGUGGGUACCGUAUUGAUAUUGUACGAGUACCACAGGUCAUCUCAAAAACCGGAUACCAAUCUUGAGAAAAUCAAAGAGCUCAACGCACUCUUUGAAGAGCUUGAUAGAAGAGAAAAGGCACUCGAAGAAGCCGAGAAGCGCCAGCAGAGUAGAGUGUUAAUGCUCGAAGAAGCUUUGAGGGGAUUCAAAGACCCCAAAACUCAAAAACCAUUACUUCCCCCAGCGCCAACGUCGUCACCUUCAGCCUAAAGAUAAUGGUCAACAUUUACGAAGUAUAGAUUGAUGUUAUGAUGAUCACGGCCUGUGUGGUUUUGUCGUACAGCCUCACGAGUGUAUAUAGCAACUGUAUAUAGGUAUGAAGUCGGCGUUGAUAGACAUGACUCAGGGGAAGUUGUGCAUCACAGGCAAGAGUCUCGCAGAGCAACAUUUGUUGAAUAAUAGGAACCGCGCCUCUAGUAUCUGCCAAAUAUAGAAAGACCU